CUUGAGUUGGGCUUAUCACGAACAACGGUUCAAAAUAGUUUAAAGGACCAUAGGUUUUUCUCUUGACCGUUUUAGUAAAAACUGUUUUUGCCGCAACCCUCUAUGAUGGAUAUGUUCCCAGAUACAGUACCUCGCAUUCUGAGUUGGCCACCCUGUAUAUGUACGACGAUGCGAACCGCAGUGGGAUGAGUAGCAAACGACCGAGGAGUUUAAGU